GGUAUAAGUCAGGGUUACGGGUAAAUGAGGCGAUAAACUUUGACUUAUCAGCCAAAAAUAAGCAAGGUUUAUAUCGCAUAGAGAAACCAAAAGGCAAAAAGGAAAGGUUGGUUUAUGUUCCUAAACAAGUCAUCAGAGAGUUAAGGAAACACAAUUGGAAAUCAAAUCAGACUAACCGACAUAAUUUUUACCAUUUUUUACGGAAAAUUAAGCGAGAAUUAAACCUUUCGGCUGAAACAGAAUUAUCACCGCAUACUUUACGGAGGGCUUUUGCUACUUACCAUGCGGAAUCUGGUAUGCCUUUACCACUAUUGCAGAAAUUAUUAGGACAUUCCAGCAUCCGCACUACUGCUUUAUAUUGGCGGAAUAUUUAUCGCGGAGAUGAUGACAAUAAUGAUACGGCGGAUAUUCUAACCGUUGACACCUUUCCGGAAAUGCUACAAGUCCCCAAGCCUAUUUUUAUAGCGAAUGAGCCAGCAAUUCCCACUCAAAAACCAAUUCAGCAAGAUAAUUCACCACCGCCCAUCUUUACUGAGCCGAAAUGUGCUAAAAUUGACUAUCAGCUCAAACCAGUAAUCAACCAAAUUAAGCCUAAACCACCAAGGAAAACUUUCCUUAACAGCAAAACCACCCCACAACCCGAAAUUAACCAGCCAUUACCACUAACCACCCAAAAAGAGCAGAUUUUAUUACAAGAAAUUAAACAGUUAAGAGAACAAUUAAAACAAACCCAAGCGGAAAAUAACAAUUUAACUGCCAAACU